UGAUACCAAACUGAAACUUACUCAAUUUGCAGACAUUAUUGAAGUAAAUUUUCAACAACUACUAAGACUGUGUUCAUGGACAUGUUAAUCUUUUCCAAAAAAUCACAAUCUUUAUUUUUCAACUGAACAAUUCUGUCAGCUUAAGUCCUACUAAAAGGAAAGUCUUUACAAUGCAAUAACUUGCAAACAAAUCUCUCUUCUCUUGCGCCCAUUCUCUUUUCUUUCAUUCUUUUCACCCCCUUCACUUCUCUUCCAUUUCUUCUCUGUUUGACAGAAAAAAUGUCUUGGAUGAUAAUAUUCUUCUUUCUGAGCAUCAGUGAGUGAGUAUCCCAAUGAUCAAACAUCGUUUCUUGAUGGAAUUUCUAACAAUUUUAUUCCUAAUGUCACUGUUGACAUGCAUGGUGGAGGUACGUUUCGGACGGUGCAGGAGGCCAUCGAUUCUGCACCAAACAUGAGUGACACUAGAUAUACUAUUUACGUGAAGCAAGGAGUUUAUACUGGGCAAGCGAUAGUCGGAAAGGAGAAGCAGAACUUGUUCCUAAUUGGUGAUGGUAUGGAUCCGACGGUAGUAACAGGAAGCCUAAAUAUUCAUGAAGGAAAAGAAACUUUUGAUUCUGGCACACUUGUUGUAGAAGGUGAUGGAUUCAUUGCUCAGGAUAUGGGGUUUUUCAACACUGCUGGACCAGAAAAGGAACAAGCAGUGGCAGUCAGGGUUUCUGGAGAUAGAGUUGUUAUGAACCGGUGCAAGAUGGAUGCUUACCAAGACACACUGUACGUUCAUCAUCAUCGUCAGUUCUAUACAAAUUGCGUCAUCACAGGAACUAUCGAUUUCAUUUUUGGGAAUGCACGCGUAGUCAUCCAAAGCAGCCAGAUAAUACCAAGAAAGCCCCGUCCAGGACAAGAGAACAUGAUUACGGCACAAAGUGCAAGCAAUGAUAAAAGAUCAACUGGUAUUGUGAUCCAAAAUUGCACAAUACUGCCAAGUUUGGACUUAGCAGCCGCAAAUGGAUCAGUGAAAACAUACUUAGGAAGACCAUGGGGCAACUUUUCAAGAACCGUCAUCAUGGAAUCAUUCAUUGGAGAAUUUAUCGAUGCAAAAGGAUGGCACCCAUGGAAAGAAGGUUGGCCGCUGGACAAGUUAUACUAUGGCGAAUUUGAGAAUUGUGGACCAGGUGCCAAUACAUCUGGACGAGUUCAAUGGGAUGGGUAUCAUGUGAUUUCAGACCCUCUAGAAGCGCUGAAUUUCACGGUAGCACAAUUGAUAGAUGGGGAUGAGUGGUUACCUUUUGUAGGAGUAGACUAUACAUCAGGGCUUAUGAAUCGUACCAAGUAUAGUGUAUGCAAUAUGACGCAACUGUAG